UCUUGUUUUUUUAACUUUUAUCUCGAUUAAAGAUAGCCUAAUUGCUGUCAUUGCUAAAAGCUAUUUGCUUUUAAUAGCCACUUACGUUGACAAUCAAUUUGUCGCUAUCCUAGUAACUUUUCAGUUUUUUUUUAGUUCCUGGAGCAACAACCGAAAAAAAAAAGAUUGAUUUACAGGCCGACGACUAGGUAAGCGAUGUGUUUUUAAGAUAAACCAGUCAGAUGUUGUUUUCGGUUUGUUAAGUGUUCAUUUUUGCAGGGGAUAAACGUUGCUAAGAUACAUUAAUGCCGCGCAACUGACUUGAAAUGGCUUACAAACCGGUUAGCCAAUCAGAGAGCCGAUAUUUUUAUCCCUGUGACGAGAUGCCUAUCGGGCAUACGCAAACAACAGAAAGCUUACGUCAUUUACUUGACGUAAGAAUUCCUUCUGAGAGAAGGUCAAGCUAGCGACAACAUUGUCAGGCGACAUAAGAGGGAAACAAAAUUGUUUUGCGCUGAUAAAUGUCGACUUCAGUGGGGAACACCUAAAGAACGUGUAUCGCUAGCUUAGAUUCUCGGUGGUUGAAGAAACUUUUGAGUGUGACAUCACUCACGAGGGUGUCUUAACGGAAACGUUACAAAGGGUUCUUGCGACAGACUCUACCCGCAGGAUGGGUUCCUGGAUUGCCAAACUUGCAGGCCAUAAAAAGGACACGGCUGAAUCUCUCAAGGACCCACACGCCAUUGCAGCGUACACUCUGUUUUUCGGUUGCGUAGCUUUUGUUUUGUUGCUGUGGAUUGUUAUUGCUAUUUUAACAACCAUUAGGAUCUACAAAAAGUACUCAAGAAGAUCAGAAGAUGGUGAUACCAAGACCACAUUUGACCUUCAAAUGGGGAAGAAACUCCUUCAGACCACAUUAGAUCUGCAAGUGAGGAAGAAACUUGUCCAGACCCUGAGGCUCCGUCAGAGUUAUCAGCAAGCGAAGUUAGAGACUGUGGAAAUAAUCACCACACCAAGAUCAGCUACAUCAGGAGAAAACAACAACAAGCUUGGGAUUCAGUUAGUGGAUGAACCAGAAACCGAUGACAAAGCGGACUAUCCGGGAAUAUAUGUGGCGGAUAUCAAACCCGGUAGCCUGGCAGAAGGAAAACUGUUUCCCGGCGAUAAGAUAUUAGCGAUCAAUGAUUUCUACCUGGGUAAAGCUUCUCUGAAGUACGCCUCGGAAGUCAUGCAUGCCCUGAGACAAGCUGAAGGACAUCUGAAGUUCUCCGUCAAAAGAGCACAGAUAAGAGAGCAAAGGGUAAACGAGGCCUUCUCGAUGUAUUGCGACGAUGAAGACACGGGAAAGAAGGUGGCUUUCAAUAAAGAUCAUAUGGAAGUGUUCGAAGAAGCGUUUUCCAUGUUUGAUGUGCACGCCACUGGAAAGAUACAAUUCAAGUUUUUGUUCCCACUGCUUCGAAACCUGGGCUACAACGUUCACAAGGCAGAGGCCUGGGACUACUUGAAUGAGCUUGAGUUAGCAGACAAACAAACGGUAACCUUCGGCGAGGUUAUCAAGUUCCUGGAGGAAAUUGUAGCAGAGCAACAUGAAAAAACUGAGGUGACCUGUGUCUACAACGUGUUCGAUCCGGACCAGACAGGUCAUGUAUCAGUCAUUGAAAUACAAGAAGCGCUACACGUAUGGUAUGGGGAUAGAAUAAGUGAGGAAGAAGUUCAGGAAAUAUCGGCGUUUGCUGAUCUGGACAAUAAUGGCUUUGUCAAAGAACAAGACUUUGAAAGACUGCUUCUGCCCUCCUUGACGCUUUAUUAGAAGUUAAGAGGUCCAGAGGAUCCAGUGUUGAGAAGUAAUCUGGUCGCCCUAGUCCGUCGCCGAUACUGAUGCAGGAGUGGACUGGGCAUAAAGUAGAGCGCUCGGUCCAUUUCGCUUAUCCCAGAAUGACGCGCGUAGCGAUGGUCUAUUGCGCAAGUGCAGACAGUGAAACACCAAUAGCAGUGAGGAAGUAGUAGAUGAUGAAACGACAUACAGAUAGCUGCCUCAACUUAAAGCAGUGCUUUUGCAAAAUUUUCUACCGUAUUACUGAUAUGUCUUGACAGUUUGUCUUAAAUCAAAUGCACUCAUAUACACUAAACAAAGUCGGAAAGAUCUUAAAGGUGCCAAUCGACAAUUGUUUUAAAAAUCCUAAGAAAAUUGUGAAAUGCUUGUUUGCAAUCCAAAGGGUUAGUUUCAUGGUUUGUUUUGUCUUUUUAUUAUAUUUUGCUUGUUUUUAUCAAAGGGAAAUUUAAGAGCUCCACAUGAAAUAAGAAAACGAUCCAAGACAAGUUGCGCGAUAAAUUCUUCCUUGAUUUCACUUUUAAUCAAUUUAAUCAUAGCUUUUUUAUUAUUCAUAUUAAUCAUUUUUUUUAUGUUUAACGAGUUUCUCCUGACUUUUUUAAGGAGGAAGGUGAGAGAAUGUAAAGAAUAUUAACAUCGCGAUGCACUUUCAAAUUCUCAGAACUAUCUUUUCAAAAGUUGUCUAGCGAUCACUGUAAAGAAUUGCUAUUUUCAUAUUGCCGGUCUCUGAAAGAAAUGAUACGUAAUUUCAGUUGAACAAACGUUACGUACGGCACAGCCUGUUACGUUUGCCAUGUAAAAUAUGAAAAUAACCAUAUUAAACAGCAUCUUUUAAAUAA